AUGACUAAUGCUGCUGCCAAAUACUUAAACCUCCGCCAGAUAGACAUCCGUAAAGUGGCUAACAGUUACGCAGCACAGCUUCAACUAUGCUGCCCACAAAGCCCCAUCUCGCAUUCCCUCGCUCGGACCAUCCAUGCCCACAUGAUCGCUUCUGGGUUCAAACCUCGUGGCCACAUCCUCAACCGUCUCAUCGAUGUUUACUGCAAAUCAUCAAACCUUGUUUAUGCAAAACACCUGUUCGACGAAAUUCCCGAUCCAGAUGUUGUUGCGAGAACAACGCUAAUUGCUGCGUAUUCUGCUUCUGGAGACGUAAAGUUUGCAAGAGAGGUAUUUGAGAAUACCCCAUUGAAUAUUCGGGACUCUGUGUGCUACAAUGCGAUGAUCACGGCCUAUUCGCAUAACGAUGAUGGUCAUGCCGCUAUUGAACUCUUUAAUGACAUGAGGCGGAAGAGUUUUCGUCCUGAUAAUUUUACUUACACGAGUGUGCUAGGUGCUUUGUCACUUAUUGCUGAUCGUGAAACGCAUUGCGAGCAGCUACAUGGCGUGGUGGUUAAGUCUGGGACAGGGUUAGUUACUUCGGUGGUAAAUGCUCUUAUAUCGGUUUAUAUUAAGUGUGCAUCUUCACCAUUAUCGUCUUCAUCUUGGUUGAUGGGUGCAGCUAGGAAGUUAUUUGGUGAGAUGCCAGUGAAGGAUGAGUUGUCGUGGACGACGAUUAUAACAGGGUAUGUGAGGAAUGAUAAUCUUGAUGCUGCUCGGCAAGUUUUUGAGGGGAUGGAUGAGAAUUUGGUGGUUGCUUGGAAUGCGAUUAUUUCGGGUUAUGUGCAUAAAGGAUUUGUGUCUGAAGCAUUGGAUAUGUUUAUAAAGAUGCAUUUGUUGGGAAUUAAGCUAGACGAGUUUACAUAUACAAGUGUGCUUAGUGCUUGUGCCGAUACUGGCUUGUUUCUUCAUGGAAAGCAGGUGCAUGCUUAUAUACUACGGACAGAAGCAGAAACUGGACGUGAUUUUUCAUUGUCUGUGAAUAAUGCAUUAAUUACAUUGUAUUGGAAAUGUGGUAAUGUUGAUGAAGCAUUGAAGAUUUUUAAUAGGAUGACAAUAAGGGACCUUGUUUCAUGGAAUGCAAUUUUAUCAGCAUAUGUGAGUGCAGGGAAAAUUACCAAUGCUAAAUCUUUUUUUGAUGCAAUGCCGGAGAGAAACCCUUUGACAUGGACUGUUAUGAUAUCAGGAUUUGCACAAAAUGGGUUUGGGGAAGAAUCUCUGAAGCUGUUCAAUGAGAUGAGGUUAGAUGGGUUUGAACCGUGCGAUUAUGCAUUUGCAGGCGCCAUUACUUCUUGUGCUGUGCUUGCAGCAUUGGAGCAAGGGCGCCAGCUUCAUGCUCAGCUUGUCCGGCUUGGUUUUAAUUCAAGCCUCUCGGCUGGAAAUGCGCUAAUUACAAUGUAUGCAAGAUGUGGUAUUGUUGAGGCAGCACAUUGUGUCUUUCUUACCAUGCCUUCUGUGGAUUCAAUAUCUUGGAAUGCCAUGAUCGCAGCUUUAGGGCAGCAUGGACAUGGCGUUCAAGCGCUACACCUUUUUGAACAGAUGUUGAAGGAAGACAUAUUACCUGAUCGAAUAACCUUCCUCACAGUUCUAACUGCUUGUAGCCAUGCUGGUCUUGUUAAAGAAGGGCGUCGCUAUUUUGAUUCAAUGUAUGCCUUGCAUGGGAUAAGCCCAGGUGAAGAUCAUUAUGCCCGUUUGAUUGAUUUGUUGUGUCGAGCUGGAAAGUUCUCAGAAGCAAAAGAUGUGAUGAAAAGUUUGCCGUUUGAGCCUGGCGCACCUAUUUGGGAGGCUCUUCUUGCUGGAUGCCGACUUCAUGGAAAAAUGGAUUUAGGGAUCCAAGCUGCAGAGAGGCUUUUUGAGCUGAUGCCCCAACAUGAUGGAACUUAUAUUCUCUUGUCAAACAUAUAUGCCACUGUUGGCCUAUGGGAUGACGUGGCCAAGGUGCGAAAAUUAAUGAGGGACCGAGGGGUGAAGAAGGAGCCUGGUUGUAGUUGGAUUGAGGUUGACAACAAGGUGCAUGUAUUCUUAGUGGAUGAUACAAUGCACCCUGAGGUGCAAGCAGUAUACAACUAUCUUGAGGAAUUGAGACUAAAGAUGAGGAAACAGGGGUAUGUGCCAGACACAAAGUAUGUGUUGCAUGAUAUGGAGUCUGAACAGAAGGAGUAUGUUUUGUCUACUCAUAGUGAGAAGCUUGCGGUUGCUUAUGGGCUCCUGAAGCUUCCUCUUGGAGCCUUGAUUAGGGUCUUCAAGAACCUUCGGAUCUGUGGGGACUGCCACAAUGCAUUCAAGUUCAUGUCGAAAGUGGUGGGGAGAGAGAUUAUUGUGAGAGAUGGAAAAAGGUUUCACCAUUUUAAGGAUGGUGAAUGUUCAUGUGGCAAUUAUUGUAUGAAAGCUAUCAACCGCGAGGUAGAAACUGGGCAGACAAGUUUUGAAGUAGUUGUCAGCAAACCAGUCAGAGGCACUUUACCAGGAAUGGGGCAUCAGGUUGGACUCGAAGCAGAGGCAGCAACGAUUGUCCUUUAA